AUGUUGCCAACAAGUCAGACACCACCGUUACCCUCACAACGAACGUUAAUACCAAUUAAUAUUGAAACAUUAGCUGGUACAUCAUUUGAAUUACUUGUUUCUCCAUAUGAACAAAUUCAAUCGAUAAAACGUAAAAUUGAAAGACGAGAAGGUAUACCUAUACCACAUCAACAUCUUAUAUGGAAAUCGAAUGAACUUGAAGAUGAAUCAUGUUUAAAUGAUCAUUGUAUUGAAGCCGGAACGACAAUAAAACUUGUUUUAGCUAUGCGUGGUGGACCUGUUAAUACAAAACGUGUACCGAUUGAAGAUAGUUUUAUACGAGAUAUGUCGGAAUAUAUUGAAAGUAGUCAAGACGAUUAUAGUACUGAUUUAUUACCAUCAUCGAAUAAAAACGUUACUUUUCUUGUUUUGCGUGAUGGUGAUCAAUUUAAUUUUUUUCAAGUUAUCGAUAGAGGUGAUGGUACUCUCUCACCUUUAUCUGGCUCUGUGAGUGCUGCAUCAAUGUAUAAUACACACGAAACGGUAGCUGUUGAAACUGACCGUCAGUAUGAUGAAAAACGACAAGCUGACGAUCGUAAAACAAAGCAAAAAAUGGAAUUAAUUCGAUCGAAAUUGAAGACACAUCCUAGAAAAGAUAUUCUUCUUCCACCUCGACCACCUUCUUCAUCGAAAAAAUCCAAAUCAAAUUUAAUUCAUCCUCACCAUCCACGUCGUAGUAUGCAUGUUGAUACAAAUUCAAAUCUAAGCGUUAACGGUGAUAAUUCAUCAGGUACUUCGUCAUUAGAACAGCAACAAUUACAAUUACAACUACAACUACAGCAGCAACAGCAACAGCAACAGCAACAGCAUCGACCUUUAUCUUAUUCAUUUCCUGCAAACUUUUUUAAUACAUAUAAUUUAUUAUCAUCAACCACAGCAGGUCUCAAUCGAAAUGAUCUUCUUCAUGAGGAAGAUAGCGAAGACGAUGAUGAUAGUCAUGAUGACGAUGACGAACAAAAGCCACCAAUACAGCAGCAAAUCUUUACGUCAAGAUCAUUUUCACCAUCAAUUUUCUAUACUAAAAAGCGUAAUAAUCACCAACAUAGUACAACAAAAAAAUUACUUAGUCAAGAAACAGCAACGACAACAACCACGACAACCUCAGCUAAUGAUGCAAGUAGUAAUGCUGUUUUAGUUGAUUAUAUUCAUCGUCGAUCGCCAGCAUUACCGAUGAUUCCAACGUCAUCACGUAUAUUAUCAGCAACAAAAUAUGUUAAUACAUCUGAACAACCACCAAUAAAUUCCAAUGAUAAAGUGCAUUCAACCAAUGAAAUUCUUUAUCAUCAUUCUCGUGCAUCACCUAUGCUUGAAUUAAAUGACGAUGAAAUUAUUUCACCAACAACUAUAACUCGAAAACAAACAGCUGAUAUACAAAGUCGUAAUGAAACAUCACUAAGUAAACCAUUGUGGACUGAUGAUGAUGAACAAAUAAAUGUAUCCGAUGAAUAUACAACUGGUGAACGUACAUCAACAAGCCAAUCAAUACUAUUUCGUCAUCAAAAUAGUUCAACAAGUACGACAGCUCAUACACCAAUGCCAACAUUACCUCUAGCUAACAAAAAAUCGUCAUUGCCAUCAACAACACAAAAAUUUUUUCAUCAUCAUCAACCUAUAAGUAAUGAACAACAACUAAAUAAACCAUCGCCAAGAUCAUUAGUACCAUUAUCAUUGUCAAAAAAUCGACAUAAAACAUCGAACAUAAAUUUAACAACAUCAACUCAACAACAAACAUUCAUUAGUUCAUCAAAUAAUUCUUCUAAUGAUCUAAUAAAUAAUGGAAAUACUAUCAGUACAAUUAAUAAUACUAAUGGCACCGAUUCUUUUAACGAACAUUUAAUGUUGAACAAACGAAUUGAAAUAUUAAAAACACCUGGAAAACAGCAAUCACCACAAUCAACUGCUCCAUCUCCAUCUUCAUCAUCGAAUACAAUUUAUCCGCCUCUACCACCACCACCUACUACGUCAAAGCGAAAUGUUCCACAAAAAGAAAUUAAGUCUGUUCCUACGACAACUACUGUACCGCCAUCAUCUUCCUCUCUUAUGCCAAUAGAUAGUACAAAAGUAACGAUCGAAACGAUUGGCCCAAAAACUGUAUCCGCACUACUACGACAAAAUGCAACUAUUGAACCAGUUGAUACUUCACGUGGUGUUGGAAAACAUCUUGUUUCACUACUAACAACUGCAUCAAAAGAAACGACUUCGAUAAAAACUGGAUAUAAACAAUCAUCUCGUGAUGCCAUCAUUGAAGAACGUUAUAAAUUGGACUCAAAAUUAAGUAAUCCGUGGUCCAACACAAUAAAUAAUAAUCUUCAAUCUAAUACCAUAACAAGUUACAAUUCAAAUAAAUUACCACCAGUUAUUAUCAAUCGUAAAUCAACCUCAAAGUGUUUUCUAUGCAAAAAGAAAACUGGAUUAGCUACAACAUAUCAAUGCAGAUGUGGAAGUUCAUUUUGCAGUGAGCAUCGAUAUCCUGAGGCGCAUGCAUGUGCAUUCGAUUAUAAAGCAGAAGGAAAACGUUUGAUCGAACGAAAUAAUCCGUUGAUAACUGCUCCAAAAUUACCCAAGAUCUGA